UUUGAAACUCAGUGCUUCAUCCAAGACUUCCACGUAGCGUUUAAUGAGAAGGGAUUAUACGUAUUACGGGAAGAAUAUUUGAUCGACAAACUAAGAGAGAAAAGAGUUCUUGUUGUUCUUGAUGAUGUGCGCAAUCCAAUGGAUGCUGAGUCUUUCCUAGGAGGAUUUGAUCAUUGUUUUGGUCCCGAAAGUUUAAUAAUCGUAACAUCCCGAGAUAAACAAGUUCUUCAUCAGUGUCAGGUUGAUAGUAUUUACGAGAUACCGGCUUUAAACAGGAAGGAGGCUCAACGGUUAUUCACACGGUUUGCGUUUUCAGAAAAAGAACCAAGUGAUAGUAAUCGUGUAGAAGUGUCAAAGAAGGUCGUUGAGUAUGCUAAUGGGAAUCCUUUAGCUCUCUGUCUCUAUGGCAGAGAGCUGGGGAAGAAGAAACCGGAAGAAAUGGUGGCCGAAUUCGAGAUGAUUAAGCAAUGUCCUCCACAGGAGAUUAUGCAUGUGUUCAAGAGCAGUUAUGAUGUGCUCAGUGAAGAUGAGAGGAGCAUAUUCUUAGACAUUGCUUGUUUCUUUAACGGUGAAAACCUCGAUUAUGUCAUUCGUAUACUUGAAGGGUGUGGUUUCUUCCCACACGUUGGUAUUGAACAUCUCGUAGAACGGUCUUUAUUGAUGAUAUCGAAGAACAACAAAGUUGAGAUGCAAUUUUUGAUUCAGGAUGUUGCUCGGAAUAUCGUCAAUGAAGAAAAAAAUCAAAUCGCAAGGCAUCGCAGAUUGUGGGAGCCUUCAAGCAUUAAAUCAUUUCUAAAAGAAAAUAAACCUAAGGGCACUGAAGUUAUUGAAGGAAUUUUUCUAGACACAACAAACUUAACCGUUGAUGUUAAUCCUAAGGCCUUUGAGAAUAUGUAUAAUCUUAGACUGUUGAAGAUCUACAGUUCAAACUCUGAAAGUGCUCAAGAAUUCCAUCUUCCCAAGAGACUCCGCUCUUUGCCUUAUGAGCUCAGGCUACUUCACUGGGAAAAGUAUCCGUUGCGAUCGUUGCCUGAAGACUUUGAUCCUAGACACCUUGUUGAACUCAAUAUGCCUUAUAGUCAGCUUCAGAAUCUCUGGGAAGGAACCAAGAGUCUGGUGAAGUUGAAGAUAAUAAAUCUUAGCCAUUCUCAGAAACUAGUUGAAGUUGAUGUACUUAUGAAAGCUUGUAGUAUUGAGCAAAUAGAUCUUCAAGGUUGUACAAGCUUGGAGAGCAUCCCACACAUUGAUCAGCUAAAGAAUCUUCAACUUCUAAAUCUUUCUGGUUGCACGAGACUCAAACGUAAAGAGAUUCUAGAGGAAAUAAAAAGACUUGAUCCAGAAGGCGGCUUAAGAGAAACAAAAUUUGAAUCAAUGGUGUUCUCCACGUUAGUAGAGCUGGAACCUGAGGAUAACACAGAGAGCUUUUCAUAAGAAAAAUAAAAUGAUUUACUAUGUUGAAGAGUAUUGAGAUGCUCAAACUUUCAAGGUUUCUCCAAGACAUGUCUUUAAAAAGUAAGGGAUUGCAGAAUUACCCUAAAUAGAGCUUGAAACUCAGAUCAGAGUCUUGUUAUUUGACAUUUGACAGAAAGUAGAAGAAAAUGAUGUUCAAUAUU